CCAGUCAUUUCUUCAGCCAUGGUGAAACAUAAUGGUUGUGUCAACAGGAUUAGGUCAACAAUGGUCAACAAUGUAAGCAUUGCUGCUUCCUGGUCUGAACUUGGUGUUGUUCACAUUUGGGACUUGAGUCAGAUGCUUUCUUCUGUCAAUGAAAACAGCCAGCAACAGGUUCUGGAGGAGACACCAAUCUUUUCCUUCAGAGGACACCGUACUGAAGGUUUUGCUAUUGAUUGGGCCUCAUCCAUGCCAGGGACUCUUGCAACAGGUGACUGUGACAGAAAUAUCCAUAUUUGGAAACCAACUGAAGGAGCAUCUUGGUCGGUGGAUUCGCGUCCAUACACUGCCCACCAAGCUUCAGUAGAAGACAUUCAGUGGUCCCCAAAUGAACCACAUGUUUUUGCCUCUUGUUCUGUAGACAGAAGUAUCAGAAUAUGGGACUGCAGAGCAAACCCAAGCAAAGCUUGUAUGAUUUCAGUGGCAAAUGCACAUGAAGAAAGUGAUGUCAAUGUUAUUCACUGGAACAGAAAUGAACCUUUCAUAGUGUCUGGAGGAGAUGAUGGCAAAGUUCAAGUAUGGGAUCUAAGACAAAUACAGAACUCCAGUCCUGUGGCAGUUUUGAAACAACAUGAAGCUCCAGUGACAACAGUGGAGUGGCAUCCAUCUCAGAUACAUAUACCAUAUAGCUCUCCAGUUACUAGCCAAGGAGGGAGAGACACCAACCAGAUCUCGCAGUGGGACCUGGCUGUAGAGCGAGAUGCUGAUGAACAGAUUCAGGAUGAAGAGUCGGAUGUUCCAGAACAGCUCCUCUUCAUUCACAGAGGACAACAUGAAGUGAAAGAGCUGCAUUGGCAUCCACAGGUUCCUGGCUUAAUAAUAUCUACAGCACAUUCAGGAUUCAAUAUAUUCAAGACAAUUAGUUGCUGAUUAAUUGGACAUAUGUGAGAAUUAUUACAUUAUGUAGACUUUAAGGAGUUCAAAGGAAUCUACAGAGCUAUUUAAAAUUGAGUGGUAUUGUCAUGUCCUGCCAGUUCAGCAAAUUCUUCAAAAUUGUGUGAGAAAACAUUCUAAAUAGAUAUCAGUAAUAGAGGUUAGUGUAAGCUCUCCUUGGCAGUGCAUUAUUGAUUGUGUGGAACAUAUGCCAACAUAUAUCUAUAAAUAGGCACAAGUUCAAAAGGUUGCCUGUUGUUGCUUACUGAGGUAAUUUCUACAGAAAAAUAGUAGUGUACCGCCAUGCUUUGAAAAGCCUAUAUUGUAUAUUAAAAAGAGACUGUUGGGGAGAUCUGAAAUGUGGAUGUAAUAUUUAGAUAUUUAAAAUGAAGAAUAAAAAAAAUAUUACACAUAUUUAUACUUGUAUCUGUAGUAUUUUCAUACAGAUGCAUUAAAUAUAUAUCAGUAUUGUCAAAUUGAUACUUUCAUACAGAUAGAUUAAAAAUACUUUAGUAUUGUAAAAUCAGACAUAUUUCUCUUGAAGGUAGAUGUGUGUUAUGUAUAUUUCAAUUCUGUAUUGUCAUGUUUAAACAGUUUUUUGAAAACAAUGAGUUUGUGUGUUAAAAAUUCUUUAUAUGUUAAGGAUGUUGAAUAUCUAUAUAUUGCUAAUAAAACUGUUAUGUUAUUCACAACACAAUUGUAAUGAGUUUUAGUAUACAUUGCUAUACUACUUCUGUAUAGGCUGUGUUAAGCCAAAAAUCAUUCUUUAUUUUUUUCCAAUUAUAUAUAUGAAAGAC